AUGGCAUCGAAUGGCGACAGCAACGGCAGCUCGUCCCGUCGCCAGCUUCGUCAUGGCAUCUACGCGCCAACGAUGACGUUCUUCGACAAGGAAUCCGAGGAUCUUGAUAUCCCGACCAUCAAAAAGCAUGCUGUCAGGUUAGCGAAGGCUGGUUUGGUCGGCUUGGUCACCAUGGGCUCGAAUGGCGAAGCUGUCCAUCUCACCCGCGAUGAGAAGACUGCAGUCACAAGAGCGACACGAGAAGCACUCGACGAAGCUGGUUUCAAGGACGUCGUCGUCAUCGCAGGUACUUCGGAAAGCAGUGUCCGACUCGCAGUAGAAUUGAACAAGGAGCAAGCGGCGGCUGGGGCAGAGUAUGCAUUGAUGCUUCCUCCAUCAUACUACCGAGCUCAGGUCAACGAGAGUAUGAUGUUCGACUACUACACCACGGUCGCCGAAGCAUCGCCCUUACCUAUCAUCCUGUACAAUUAUCCAGGUGCCGUAAGUGGUCUGGAUAUGGAUAGCGACUUCAUGAUCAGACUCGUAGAAGCGACCAAAGGCAAGGUCUGUGGCGCCAAGUUCACAGACGCAAAUACUGGCAAGCUCACACGAGUCGCGUAUGCAACGAAUGCAUGCUCGGUCAAAUCGCAAGGGUCGGGCUGGAUGGCGUUUGGUGGGAUUGCAGACUUCACCUUGCAAACGGCAGCGUCCGGCGGUUCUGGUAUAAUUGCAGGGGGUGCGAACGUGAUGCCGAAGCUCUGCGUAAAGGUGUGGAACUCGUUCCAAGAGGGAAAAUAUGAAGAGGCGAUGGAACUGCAAAAAGUACUGUCAAAGGGCGACUGGGUGUUGACCAAGGCGGCUAUCGCAGGAACCAAAGCGGCCAUCGAGUUGGAAUUCGGAUAUGGCGGAUACCCAAGGAGACCGUUGCAACGCUUGAAUGAAGAGCAGCGCAAACAGAUUAAGAGUGGUAUCGCUGAUGCAAUGAAGCUGGAGCACAGUCUGUAG